ACGUCAGGUGAUUUCCGGCCGGCUGGUUCUUCCAGCCAGAAGGGCAUUGAAGACGUUAAAGAGGAGAAGUGCUUUAAAUUAUUUUCCUGUUCUCCUGAAUUGCUAAUUAUCCUCAUUAAGUUUUUCAUCAAAUAACAACAAUGGCUCAAAGUGCAAGAUUAAUGUCACUUUCAUUGUCCGGUGGUCUUUUCAAAAGCGCUGGAAAUGGUAUUCCGAUUGUAUUGUCUCAAAAAAAGAGCUCCUGGUGGAGUCACGUAGAAAUGGGACCCCCGGAUGCAAUUCUCGGUGUGACAGAAGCAUUCAAGAGGGAUAAUAAUCCAAAGAAAAUCAAUUUAGGAGUUGGUGCUUAUCGUGACGAUAAUGGAAAACCCUUCGUCUUACCUAGUGUUCUGAAAGCCGAAGAGAAAAUGAGAGCCAAAAGUUUAGAUAAGGAAUACUCUCCUAUUUCGGGAAAUAUGGAAUUCUGUAAACACAGCAUUAAUUUAGCUCUUGGAGAGGAUAACACAAUAGUGCCAAAUGGCUUGAAUUCAACUGUACAAAGUAUAUCGGGAACUGGUGCACUUUGGAUUGGUGCAAAAUUUAUAGAACAUUUCUUUCCUUAUAGUCGUGAUAUUUAUCUUCCAUCGCCUUCCUGGGGAAAUCAUGCCCAAAUAGUUAAAUUAGCCAAAUUAAAUGCCAAGUCAUAUCGUUAUUAUGAUCCAAAAACGUGUGGAUUAGAUUUUAAGGGUGCCUUGGAAGAUAUUUCUAAAAUUCCAGAAAAAUCGGUUAUUUUAUUGCACGCUUGUGCACACAAUCCAACAGGAGUUGAUCCAAAGCCAGAGCAAUGGGCGGAAUUAUCCAAUGUGAUAAAGAAACGAAAUCUUUUUAUUUUCUUCGAUAUGGCUUAUCAAGGAUUCGCCUCUGGAGAUGUAAAUAAGGAUGCUCAGGCUGUGAGACAUUUUCUAAAAGACGGUCAUCGAAUUGCUCUGGCACAAUCGUACGCAAAGAACUUUGGUUUAUAUGGCGAACGAGUGGGCGCUUUCACAUUGGUUGGUGCAGAUAAGGACGAGGCUGCUCGUACUCUUUCUCAGCUUAAAAUCUUAAUUCGACCAAUGUACUCAAAUCCACCAAUUCAUGGGGCACGAAUCGUUGCAGAAGUUUUGGGCGAUUCAGCUCUGAAACAAGAGUGGCUUGCUGAUGUUAAGGGAAUGGCUGAUAGAAUUAUAUCAGUGCGGACGAAACUCAGAGACAAUUUAAAGAAGAAUGGCAGUUCUCGCGAUUGGUCACACAUUACCGAUCAAAUUGGAAUGUUCUGUUUCACUGGUCUUAACGCUUCUCAGGUGGAGAAUUUGACGAAAAAUUACAGCGUCUACUUGACGAAGGACGGUAGAAUUUCAAUGGCAGGCGUUACAUCAAAGAACGUUGACUACCUUGCUCAAGCUAUUCACGAAGUGACAAAAUAAAAAUGAAAACUCAGCAAGAUUUCUAUCAAACCGAAGGAAACAAUUUUUUUGAAUUGUUUUUUUGUUCUUGACCUGGCUAUAUUUUCAAUUGUUUUAUUUAUCAAUUUUAUGGUAAUUUUUUUUCGCCUUUUUGCAUUUAUUUGUUUUUUAAAAAAGCAUUUAAUUCAAAAUCAAAAAAAUGUAAUUUUUAAAAUUUUAUAUACACACGAGAAACUGUUGAAAAUUUAGAAAAAAAUCUUUCCGACACGUUGUUCUAGAGUAUUUUACAUUAUAAAUGAAUUUGAUAGUAACAUUUCGAAAUUGGAAAGAUUGUAAAUGAGAGAGAUAAUAUUUAUCUGCUUAAAUUGAUUAGUAACCAAAGUUUGUGCCAAAUACUUUCAGAGUCGUUAAAUAAAGGAGAUUCCAAGAGAUUUUAUAAUUAUGUAUGUAAUAAUAAUAGUUAUAAUUAAUAUUUAAAUAUUAAUUAAUAUUUCAUAUUAAGUAUUACUUUUAAUAUUGCAUUUAUUUUAAGAAAGUCUGUUUUCAAUUGUUAAUUUAGAAUUUUAAAAAGUGUUAUCUUUUAAAUGCAACAGUACAAAUGUGUUUCAUAUGCGUUUAUUUUCCUGCAAAACAAAAAAAAGUACAAUCUUUAUAUUUUAUUCUAUGCUCGAAAGUAUUCGCUUUACUUUGGAAUAAUAAUAAUUUCAAUGCUUUAAUAAUUGUAUUAUUGUAUGCAAUUACUUUAGUUAAAUCAAUAGACUAAUUAUUAAAUACAUUCCGCAGUCUGAAAUAAUUAUUGAAUAUCUGUGUAUAUAUAAAAGAAUAUUAAUAAAAUCUGAAAUAUAA